GGCGGUGCCUGUAUCAGCAGCCUGCAGCUCCCCAGCUGCUCCUAAUAACAACAUUAGAAGAUUAGCUGCAACUUCUCUUUACUAUUCUAACCUUAUUGAUCUUAUAAUUUAUUCGUGUUUUCUUUCAACUUUUUUUAAGGGAUCAUAUCCGUCUUUUAUAAACCAGGGGCAUAGGGGUGGGAAUGCGGCACGGUUUUAUAUUUAUAUAUUUUAAAUCCCUUGCUAAAAUGCAGCAUGCAAACUAAAAAACAAACAUUUGAACGGAAUAUCUUGCAAAUCUGUAUUUUACUGAAAGUAAGAAAUUCCUGGCAGCGGUGAUCAGAUUUGGUUAUAUUAUUACAGAGGCAGGCAUGCAUGCAUGUGUUUCUGUGUUGUUGCAGAUCACACACAAACACAUGCACCCACAAUUUUUGCUGUAGCAGCAGCUUUGCAGGCGGGACUGUGUUAGGAGGUGAACUUUGUUCCUGUUUCAUGUUAGUGACGGUAAAUGAAGAUCAGCUCCAGGGGAUCAUCUUGCUGGUGGUGCUGCUUCUCUGGUGUUUCCGUGUUGUGGAGGGGCUGGGCUGGGAGGACGCAGACAGGCUGCAGCUUGCUACAUUAGACGUUAUUUACAUACACAAAUAGCUAUGUUCAGAGAGCCAGAGUGUCUCCUCUUGUGAGUUUGGUGGUGGUGGGUUUUGCAAGCUGUCCGAAGAAUCUUCUUAGCUGGACACCCCCCGAGGGUGAUGAGUGUGGGAAAGAGGUCUAAGGCUGGGAAUGAGUUUUAAUACAAAAAGCAGCGCUUUGCUGAGGUGCUGGGGAUCUCGGUUCUGGAGGAGGCGGCGGCAGCAGCUGUGUCCUCUGGAGGGUCCCUUCUGGUCCUGCUUUGGUGGUGCUCGGCCCCGGCCCAUAUUGGACAUGUCCUACUCCCGUCACUUUCUGGAUUUCCAGGGCUCGUCUAUCCCCAGCUCCAUGAAGAAGCUGGUGGUGACUAAGCUGAGCUCAAACUUCCGAGAGGCUGUUGCCCUGCGGCAGGACGCGCCUGUACCACUCCCGGGAGAUGGAGAUCUUCUUGUCAGAAACAGAUUUAUCGGCAUUAAUGCAUCUGACAUAAACUACUCAGCUGGCCGGUAUGACCCUUCAGUUAAACCCCCGUUUGAUGUAGGUUUUGAAGGUAUUGGUGAUGUGGUAGCCUUAGGCCUCAGUGCUAGUGCCAGAUACACAGUAGGCCAAGCUGUGGCCUAUAUGACACCUGGUUCUUUUGCUGAAUAUACAGUUGUGCCUGCCAAACAAGCAGUUCUUCUACCUUCUGUGAAACCUGAGUUUCUUACUCUAAUGCUAAGUGGCACUACAGCAUACAUCAGUCUGAAGGAGCUUGGACAAUUGUCUGAAGGCAAGAAGGUUUUAGUGACUGCAGCAUCGGGAGGAACAGGCCAGUUCGCUGUGCAGCUUUCAAAGAAGGCAAAGUGCCAUGUAAUUGGAACUUGCUCCAGUGAUGAAAAGGCUGGUUUUCUGAAAUCCAUUGGCUGUGAUCAUCCCAUCAACUACAAAACUGAAAAUGUUGGUGCCGUUAUUAAAAGGGACUACCCAGAAGGUAUGGAUGUAGUGUAUGAAUCUGUUGGUGGAAAGAUGUUUGACUUGGCUGUCAACUCCUUGGCUACCAAAGGGCGCCUGAUAGUUAUUGGGUUUAUCUCUGGCUAUCAAAAUCCUACUGGCCUUCAGCCUGUUAAAGCAGAAAUGUUGCCAGCAAAACUGCUGAAGAAAUCUGCCAGCAUCCAGGGUUUCUUCCUGAAUCAUUACCUUUCUGAAUAUAAAAUGGCUAUGGAGCACUUACUCACAAUGUAUGAAAGUGGAGAACUGGUUUGUGAGGUGGACCUCGGAGACAUGUCUCCAGAGGGCAAGUUCACUGGCUUGGAGUCUGUAUUCCGUGCUGUAGAUUAUAUGUACAUGGGAAAAAACAUUGGAAAAAUUGUAGUUGAAUUACCUAACUCUGUCAACAGUAAGCUGUAAAAACAGAACAAUGAUAUAAAUCAAGAGAGAGAAAAUAGGCACUUUAUGCCUCAGAAUUACUAGAAACCAUUUAUUUUUUAAAAAAACUUGGUAAAGGAUAGUAUAUUAAAACUGUAUUAAGUUGUUAAUAAAAAGUUUUGAUUAAAAAAAAUUAGCCAAUGCCUGUAGGACUUAACGUGCUUGUGUUUGAGUCUGUAACUUUUACAGGCAGUGGUGCUCAGGCUAAUACUAGAUAUGAACAUUAUUCUGGGCAAUUAGAAUAAAUGAUGAUGCAGAGGCUGCUCCAUCAGUUUCUUUGAUAAGAUUUUUAAAUCCUGUUUGGAAACAUUACAUUUCAUAUAGGUCAUUUCAGCAAUUUAGAUCCUGUGAUUUUAAAAAUAUCUUUCAUAUACAGCAAAACAAAACAUUUUGUUGAUGCUUUGUUAACCCUUAACAUUUCUGGGAAACCAAAGAUACUUUUUAUCUUUUUACUUUUUUGGGUUGCAAACUCAGUAAUGAUAUUAUGGCUACUUUGUGUAUGAUAAUCAGAUAUCAUUACAUGUUCUAUAUGGAAAAUGUAUCCAUUAGUUCUAACAUGGCAGAAAAAUGGGGGGUGGGGGGAAGAAGAGGGAGGGAGGGAACACAAUUAAAAAAAAAAUGACAGAGUCUGCAACUACACAUAACCCUGCCAUUUUCAUUCAAGCCUUUGGUUACCAUUUGGAACAGUCAUUUUAUACUUUUGCCGUGGUGUUUAUUAUCUUUAUUGUUUACCCUUUAUUCUCCCCAUUAACCCACAAGAUGGGCUAAUUGGGCUUUAGUUCUAAAUUGUGUUUACAUGUAUUGUGGUCCUUUACUUGUACUAACAAUUUAAUAAAGUGCAGAAAGCUA